AUGGCUAGCUCAGUGUUUGUCAAAGUUACAUUGUUAGCUAUGACAUGCAUGAUUUUGGGUACUCCCUUAGCUAAUGCAGCUCUUUCAUGUGGUCAGAUACAACUCACUAUAGCACCAUGCAUUGGGUACCUUAGGUCGCCAAGUCCAUCUGUCCCUGCUCCAUGUUGCAAUGGAGUUAGAAGUGUUAACAACAAAGCUAAAACUACUCCUGAUCGUCAAGAUGCUUGCAGGUGCCUCGAAUCCACUAUCAACAGCCUACCUGGACUCAAUCUUCCAGCUCUUGCUGCCCUUCCAGCCAAGUGUGGUGUCAACUUGCCCUUCAAAAUUAGUUCCUCCAUUGACUGCAACACAGUGAAGAACUGA